GUUUAAACCAACCCUCCUGAAAUUUUCCAUCCUUUCGCUGCUUGAUCCAUCGAAAUGUGAACUCACCACCCCUGCCAUGUGGCAGAAGAAAAUCAGAUCCGCUCCAGAGGUUGAUCUCAAGGGGCUACAGAAAUGCUGGAACGUCGGGCGACCUUACCUCAGAUGUCAGUGCAUCUCACAAGGAAGAAAGACUGCGGUAACGGACCCAUCAAGGUCGAUCACGCCAUAUGGUACCUCCUCGCUCACCCCGAUGUUUUAUUUCCCAACGUUGCUUCAGUGAAAGUGAAGAUCUCCAUGUUCAUUCACUUUUUCAAGGUGUCAUGGAAAGAAGCCAUCGAGGCUUGCGUCACCUUCACGUUUAUCAGGGAGGCUAUGACCGAUGUCAUCUCUGCGAUCGAACGUGACCCUUCCCUCACAGCCGAAAUUGCGGUCGACAGAACCAAGUGGAAGUACAACACUCCACUCACUAUCGGCAGAGUACUUCUACCCACUCGAGUGACUGGCAACCCCAGAGUCAGGGCCAGGAGCUCGCCCGGAGACGAGGCGAACAAGAGGCAAUGCGGGAAACCACCGCUCGUCAUCUCACCCAGGCAGCGAGUACUCCCCUUCGCGCUCGACCCCAGGCAACAGAUGCCUCAAGCCAUGGAUCCUCCGCCGCAACCCCCCUCGCAGAGCACGGCUGCUCGGAGAGGAGCAGUGCAGGAUCCCCCGCCGCAACUCCAGCAUGCGCAGGAUGAGGGCUUCGAGCAGGAGGAAGGUUGCCUGAUGAUUCAACUACCCUCCGGGAGACUCGCAUGGAGAAAGGCGAAGAAGGAGAAGAGGGAGUUCGUACACAUCAGGUAUUCGAGCAGACUCAUGGAAGGUGUGCUGCUGAGGCGGUUCGUGAUCGAGGGAUUGGGACAGGUUAUGGGGGAGAAGUCCAAGAAUUGGCUGGACGAGGUGGUCAUCGGGUGGAAGUAUGACGAGCCGAUUGCCGCCAAGAUAUGCAAACCUGGCAGAGUCUUCCGCAAGUUCAAGCUUGCGGAGUGGGAGGUGAGCUACAAUCCGAACAGCUGCACGUGCGGAGCAGGCAGGCAUGCAGUUUUUUUGAAUCCUGCCGCGAUAAGAUUGCUUCCGACAGAAAGAGUGAUGCACAUCAUAACCACGGACACUGGAGUCAUGAACAACGGCCAGCUGCAACUCAUGAUGAACGCUGGACUAAACAACAUACCUAUGAGGGCGUUGGAUGAAGAGUUCGCCCUUUGUGAAAUUGAAGAGGCGCUUAGCCACAUUCUGACUACAAGGGUCUGCGACGAAGAACUCUCGAUGAAGGAGGAGAAGAUCGUGAAGAACUACGUGAUGGAGAAAGCAAGGACUGCCAUCAGGUAGUAUCAUACAUAGCAUAGGCACAUCAAGGAGGAACCCAUCAACAACGUUCCAUUUAAAAGCGAG